AAUAUAUAUGAUCCUCCGCCUCUUCUUCUUCUUCGCACGUAACUUCCGUCCAGCCGAGGAGUCGCCGGAAAGCUUCGCCGGGCUUCUUCGCCGGGAUCUAGUAGCCACUUAGUUCCUUCGUCGCCAUACAAUUGAGGUAGUGUGCAAGGUGUCCAUCUUUAUUAAGACAGUCCCAUGAAAAAUCUAUUAAAUUUAAGAGGGUAAUGUCAUUAGAAAGGAGUACAAUCGAUAUCAGGUCGUGGGAUGGGACCAUUUCAUCUGGAGAGUUCUACAUUUCCAGUUGUGCAUUUGCUGAGAAAUGGGAGAAGUUUAACUCUGCUCUUCCUCAAUGGUCAUGGUGCAGAUGCCCUAAGUUACUUGGGGUUCCUUCAUCUCGAGUAGAAGGAUAUCUGCGCGUGGAUGGCAUAAUUCCUCCUCGCAGGUGUACUAUGGAGGAUAAUCAUGAAUGCGAUGAUGGUGGAUUAAAAGAGACGGUUUGCUUGGAGGAAGAGGAGUUUAUUGACCGUGCUGCAUUGGUCUGUAUGUUCUGUUUGUUUUGGUGUUUUAGAAAAAAAAAUUCCUUUGAAUCUUUAUGUGAAAUGCAUGAUCUUUCAAUAUGUCCUCAUCUCACCAUGAAGCUUCUCUUUUAAAGGUUCAACCUGAGAGGCAUGAAAGGUGCCACUAUGACUUACAUAUUGUUUACAGCUUAUCCUAUGGCGUCCCUGUUCUAUAUUUCCGAGCAUACUGGAGCGAUGGACAACCUUUGGCAUUGCACGAUGUAGAAACAGACAUGCCUGCAAUCACNAAGUUCUCCUUUGAUAAAUGGCACACAUCUCUAGGCUAGACAUUCUUUCCAACUCUGAUCAUACUUUAUUGUUUUGUGACAAUAAUAAAGUAGGGGCAUGGUU